AAUCGGCCUCUGCGCACACUGUCUUCUUCGAUAAUGAGUGACAGUCGUUCUUACAAAUGACACGUAACCCCGUUUUAAUAAUUUCAUUUCUCUCGAUGGUGCAAUGCCCAAUAUCAUUAGCAUAAAGUAGAAAAAACUGAGUUCGUGCAGACCACUGUUACAUUAUGGUGCACGUAAGUCUUAUCGGUGAACGACUUUGAAGAUUGUGCUACUUUUCUAGUGCAGUGAUAAUAAAAAGUCGUAGUUAUUAUCGUAGAUCUAAUAUCUAAGCAGGUUGACGACCAGGAGCUGUAUUUGUUAUCAGUGUUUUGAGCUGUUGUUGAUAUUGAUAAAGGUGAUAAUUGCUUUUAUCUGAGAUUGCAGGGAUUGUUGAGCAGACGGAGGCAAGUCCUUUGUUCCCCCUGGCCCUAUGUGCUCGUUACACUGUUUACUGUCUGUCCCAAUCAGAAUUGUCAUUUGAAUUAAAAAUAUCAAGAAUCCCAACAAGAUGCUGGGGGGCAUAACCAGUGCUGUAUCUCUUCGACGAUGUUUUUAUCUAUCAGCAAUAGUUUUCAUUCUCUCGACACUUAUGGCAAUGGCAAUAAUAAUCAAACUGUCACCCUUGGAAUCGGUAAAAUGCCCACAGCCGAGGAUUUUAACAACUCCAACUGUGGAAUGGAGCAGUUCAGCACCGCUGGCUUCGGUGGGGAACAAUGCCGGUCCCAGUGAUGCAGUCAAGAGUAAUCCUAAUGAUUUUGAUAAAGACGGAAAUCAGUGGGAAUUGAAUGAGAAAAGAUAUCUCGAGAUGAGAGAGAAGAAUAUACAGAAUAAAAUAUCGAGGCUCUCCUGGAAGAUGAAGAAAAAAAAUCUACCGUUUGCUUAUCACAAUGACACAAAUAUUGAAAUUAAUUAUAAUGUUCAUGUGUUUUAUUACGCUUGGUAUCGUUCGCUAGAGUACGAUGGGGCGUGGAAACAUUGGAAUCACGAAUACCUGCCAAAUUGGAAGAAAAAUGAUAAGAGGGUGUUUCCGGAGGGGAGACACAGACCUCCAGCAGAUAUUGGGGCUAGCUAUUAUCCCAGUCUUGGGUGCUACAGCUCUCGAAAUCCACAGGUAAUUGAUCUGCAUAUGCGACAACUGAGAGAUGCUGGAGUGGGUGUACUAGUUGUCUCUUGGACGCCACCAAAUACACCGGAUAAUACAGAUCCGGUGAUGCCGGAUUUGCUGGAUGCAGCCCACCGAUAUAAUUUGAAGAUUGCACCACACAUAGAGCCCUAUCCUGGACGCAAUCCAAUUAAUCUUAUCGAGCAUAUAAGAUAUUUGUUCUCGAAGUACUCAUCCCAUCCGGCAGUACAUCGUGCGAGGAAAACUAAAGAUGGGCCAGCCCUUCCUGUGAUAUAUAUUUACGAUUCAUAUGUAUUCCCAUCGAGUGCAUGGUGGGAGCUCCUGUCAGAGCGUGGAAAUCUUACCCUCCGCGGUACCGAAAUUGAUGCUAUAUAUAUGGGUCUUCUCGUCGAUUCAGCACACCGGAGUCACAUUAAAAAAUCACAUUUCGAUGGAUUUUACACAUAUUUUGCUGUAAACGGAUUCAGUUAUGGAAGUACCUGGAAAAACUGGAGGGAUCUCAAUAAGUUUGCAGUACAGAAUGGUUUGCUCUUCGUACCGAGUCUGGGGCCGGGUUAUAUAGACACACAGGUACGUGCAUGGAAUGGUGAAAAUACGAGACAGCGUGAACACGGUCAAUACUACAAAGGUGCGUGGAAAAGUGCGAUAAAAAGUGGUGCUAACGUUGUAUCAAUAACAUCAUUCAAUGAAUGGCACGAAGGUACACAAAUUGAACCAGCUAAAGCAGUGAGCAAUAAAGACUUUACUUACCUGGAUUACGAGCCAGAGGGUUCAGAUUUUUACCUGAAUCUGACAAAGUUAUGGGUCCAAAAGUUCACUGACAGAAAUCACCGGCUAUGAGCAUUGAUUUAGUAUAACUCAUGACUUUGUACAAUUUACAAUUCACUCUUGAGUAUCGACGAUUCUUCAUAGAGACUAGAGAUGUUUCAUGCGUGCAUUUCAUCACGAAUACUCUCAUUUACUUUUCAUUCUCAAUUUAUUCUUAAUUAAACGAUAAAUAGAAAUGUUAACGCAUUGAUUCUGUGAUACAUAUUGCUGUGUAUUUAUGGUGCAUUCACGUAGAAUAACGUCGGCACACAGUAACAAACAGUGCAUACAAACGAUUUAUGCAUUUUUACUUAUGAUUAAUAUUUAAAAAGUUAGUUAUAUCAAAGACUCUCUGAUCAAAAUGAAGGAUAAUUAUUCGCACAAAAUAUAAUGUAGUAUGCAUCAAGCAUGCGGACAAUAAGCGACGGUUCUCAAGUAUAAUAUCCCUUACUUUACAGGGUAAUUAUUUACUAAUCCUUUAUGGUAAUUUAAACAUUUGAAUAAGGAACGAAAUGAUAUUACUACGAUGUACUUGAACGUAUUGCAUGUGUGAAUCAGGCAAAUAAUUUUUAAUGAGGAUGUAUACAAUUUAUAUAUUAUUAUACAUAUAGAUGAGAUGAAAAAUAAGUGCAUAAAAAAUUUUGGAAAUCACACUUGGAGCAUUUUUAACGAAUAAAUAAAGCCCCACAUAUCAACGUAUACCACGUGAAAACACUUCACGCUGGUGGUAAUAAUAAAAUCUAUUAUUUGAAAAAAUAUUUCAUUUUCCAAAAUUAUUCUUGUUCACGAACAAAGACAAUAGACUUUGAGUUUAUCAUUAAUAUUUAAAUAUGGAUCGUAGAGUAAAACUUUCAAUAAAAUUGUCAUGAUCUAUUUCUCAUUUAUUUAUGACAUUAACUUACUCUAAUUAUACUAUAAUAAGUAAACAUAUAGAACGGGAUGUAUGUACAUGUAAAGUUGCAUUUAUCUUGACAAUUUCGUUAUUCUCGUGAAGAAAUAAAAUUAAUGAGUCUGAAAUAA